GUCCAAGAUGGCGGCGGGCGGCGGCGGCCCGGUGCGGCUGCGGUUGGUGUUUGACUUCCCCCCGCCGGGCAGCCCGGGCUGUGCGCUGUGCUGGCUGCUGCUGGAGCCGGGCCGGGUGCGCCUCGUCACCGACCUCAUCAGCCUCAUCCGGCACCGGUUCGGCUUCAGCCGCCGGGCCCGGCUCAGCCUCUUCCUGGAGGGGGCGCUGCUGCCCCCCACCGAGAGCGCCCGCCUCGUGCGGGACAACGACUCGCUCCGAGUAAAACUUGAAGAGAUCGCUUCGGCUGAGUAUGAAGAGAUAGGUGAUGGCUUCUUGAAUACACCAACAGAAGACAAAAAAAGGCAUAGACAGAAGAAGGAAGAAGACUUCUCUUUAAAUGAAAAACACAAGCAUAGAAAGAAAAAGAAUAAACAUAGGUCUGGGUAUCCUUGUACGGAGGAGACUUCUGUAGAUAUUUGUGACUCUCAUAAAAAGCACAAGAAAAGAAAAAGAACGGAUGGAGUUAGUGAAAGAAACAGACUCACAGAAGGUAAUGAAGAGACCUCUGGCCAAUCCAAAAAGCUUAAAAAAACAGGGAGAGAGAAGGAAUUGGCAGCAAAAAAGAAGGAUGGAAAACAGACAAAAGCCGCAGCAGCAGAGGUGGAUUCAGAACAGGCAGGUCAGAGCUCAUCUCGACAUUACGGUACAAAUAACACAAAGAAACCAACACAGUCCAAAAAAAGGAGGGUGGGAGUUUCCCCUCCCUCCAGCACAUCCUCAGACAGCGACAGCAGUGAAACAAGCAUACAGCAAAAUAAAUCUUCCCAUAAAUCUAUAGUGUCGACACUUCCCAAAGACAAAUCCCAAGCUGCUGCAAGAGCUGAUGUGAAAACUGUUGUUGCUAAUAAAGUGACUGUAAAGUGCAGUGAUGACAACUCCACUAAGACUGCAAUUAGUAAAAAUGCUAACAAAUCCACAUCCUCUAGUUCAGAUUCUGACUCGAGUGCAGAGGAUGAGAGGGUGGCAGCAGCACACAACACUAUGGCAAAGGAAAAGCCACUGCCCAGCGCCACCAGGGCUCCCAAAGCACAGACCUCAGAGUCUGAGAGCUCAGGUUCAGAAACACUCGUAAAAAAAUCUGCAGCAGAUGCUGGACCGAGUAAUUCCAUAGCAAGAACCUGUUCCAAACCAUUGCCAAACAGUAGUCAAGGACCACUUGCCAGCACAGGGCAUGGAAGGGGUUAUGGAACAGGAGAGGAUAACUUCAGGAGAGGACCUAGGGGCCGUGGGUAUCAUUGGAUGAUGAGGGGCCAAGGCCCUGGAAAAGGAGCCAACCCUAGCUUCUUCUAUAACUACAACAGUGAAGGCCAGAAGCAGAGGCAGGUUAAUGAAGCUGUGACAAACUCCUCUGUUCUUGUCCAGAAUCCCAUAGAGGUCCCUAAGAGAGACUAUACUGUGUUACCUCUUCUAGCUGCUCCACCACAAGUGGGAGAAAGAAUUGCCUUUAAGCGGUUGGAACUAACUGAAAAUUACUGUCCUGAAGUUUCAGACUAUAAGGAGGGAAAAAUCAUCAGUUGGAAUGCUGAUAAAAAGCAGAUCGAGCUCGAGAUCCUUUCGCCAUCAGCAGGACAACAUGCAAAAGAGCCAGGGAAAUUUGAUCUGGUUUACCAGUCUGCAGAUGGAGCAGAACUGAUUGAGUACGCUAUUCCUCAGGAUACAAAGGUAUGUGGGUGUCCUGUUUUGAAGCCUGUUCCAAGUUUUGCACAGCUGAUACAUGCCCUGCUUUAUGACUCUGUUCAUCUCAGUGAGGUUCCCUUUGUAGGAAUAUAUCUACUUAAAAUAAAUGUGAAGAGAAAGAAUUGUUCCUUUCUAGCAAGAAUGUGCAUGACUACAAGAUAAGAAUCACAUCUGGGAUGUUCCUCAACUAACAAGGUUCAAAACCAGUUAUCGAACUGUAACUUUUUGGCUUUACUAAUAAACAGUAUCACCUCUAGGUAGAGUAUCAGUUCUUACAAGAUUAUUCAUUUCAGGCACUGGUUUCCUUACCUGCACCUCUCCUUAUGAGGACAUCAGUCAGGCUGAGGUUCAUCAAGAAGAUCGAUGAAUCUCAGGAAGGAUCUUGUGAUCUCUGUUCAGUCGUGCUGCCGUUCAAGUCUAGACAAAGAAUAAUGUAGGAUGAAUUGCAUCUGCCUGUACAGCUUGUAUGUACUAAUUAUUGUCUGUAUUUUGUUUUCAGAUAACUGAGAGCUGGGAUGCACUGAUAGAGCCACGACUGAUUGUGGAGCCUCCAGUUAAUGGAUCCAGCAUUGAAAAUGGAACAAUCUGAAAUAUGAACAAAUGCAAAUAAUUGCCCGGACUGUCUUUGUGCCAUG